AUGUUUUUCUCUAUACACAUGUUUGUGUCUUUAUAUGGAAAUCGAGAUAAAAGUAAAAAAAACUGGAAAAGCCUAAUUGAGUGGUUCUCUUAUUUUAUUCUCAAUGUGUUCAUGACUCUUUUGCAUUCUUUUAUAUCACUUAACGAUUCUUCAGCUUUAGUUUUUGAGAUUUAUUUCCUAAUACUUGGCCUUUCACGCCUUUUCAUAUAUCAAACAGUAGGGAAAAAUAAGGUUUAUAUUGCUGAAAGGAGACCACCUUUAAAAGCUAGACAAAAGCUUGGAUAUUCUAUUUGGUUGAUUAAUCUUUCGCCUCCAUUGAAGUGUUUUAUUGAGACGCAAAUAGGACAAUUUUAUGAUCAUCUCGCAGAUUUGUUGAUGUUUUAUGGACUUCUUCUUAAGCACAUUAUUGCUCCACAGCUGCCGAAUUGUUCUGGUAUACGUCAUUUUGCUCCCUUUGUAUUUCAAAACACUUGGUAUUUAUGUGAAUAA